UGAAGUGGGCUGCCUAUAUAAGCAGUUGAAUAGGAACCAUUGCCCACAGCCGCUCCUAAUUUUUCAUAAUUCAACAGCAAUGGCUAUUCCGCAUUCGCAAGUUCGUCAAAAUUUUCACAAAGAUUGUGAGGAUGCCACCAAUAAGCAGAUAAACAUGGAACUGACUGCCAGCUACACCUAUUUAGCUAUGGCAUACCACUUCGAUCGUGACGAUGUUGCACUGCCAGGCUUUCAUAAGUACUUCAAAAAGUGCUCAGAGGAAGAACGCGAGCACGCAACUCGCUUAAUGGAGUACAUCAAUAAGCGCGGCGGUAAAAUCGUCUUAACCGAUGUUGCUCCUCCAGAAAAGCAAGAAUGGGCAACGGGAAAUGAAGCAAUGCAAUGCGCGCUCGAGCUUGAAAAGAAAGUCAAUGAUAGUCUCCUGCAUUUGCACAGUAUCGCAUCCGGUCACAUGGAUGUCAACUUCUGCGAUUUUCUGGAAACCUGGUAUCUGCAGGAGCAGGUCGAUGCCAUCAAGGAGAUCGCCGAUCACUGCACCAAUCUGAAGAGAGUUGGUGAAGGGCUGGGCGUCUUUAUGUUCGAUAAGCAGCUCGAGAAGCACGAGUAAAAUAUAUAAUAUUUUAACGCUAUGUAAUACUUCGAAAAAAAAAUGCGUCAAUUGUAAUUGUCAUAUAAUCCCGUAAUGUCAGAAAC